AAACGCAGGUUAAAAAUGUGGAAAAACUGUCUCUGUCACGGGAAACCUGUAGCGACCUCUGACGUUUCCCUGCUCAAAGUUAUAAACCGGCCCCUACAGCAGAGUUCCGGUAUUAACUUGAGUCAGCUCAUCGAACGAGAAGUCCUCUUUCGGACCAAGACUUUGACCAGUACGGAUCGUACGAGAAGAAUCAACAUGAACAUGACAUAUUUAUUGCUGUGCAUCACUGCACUAUUUGUAUCUGUGACUUCGCUGACGUGCAUGUGUGAGAAGGAGAAGUGUAAACCUAUGCAAUGUAAAUCCGGUUAUGUGAAGGAUGUGUGUGGAUGCUGUGACGUGUGCGCUAAGACCGUGACCCAAAAAUGCGGGGGGUACUGGGGACAAUUUGGCACAUGCGCAGAGGGCCUAUCGUGUGUGUUGCGCAAGCGAGGACAAGUCCUUAAGAAUGUGCAGUUUUCAUUCAAGCCAGGACACUGUGAACCAGCCAAUUGCGCGGAAAAGAGCUGUGGCCUAUACGAGACAUGCACAAUGAUUAACAACGAAGCAAUCUGCGAGUGUCCGCGCAUGUGCAAGGAUAAGGGUGAGCCUGUCUGCGGGCUCACGAACGGCAAAGAGUACAAGAGUAGAUGUCACCUGCGCAAGUAUGAAUGCAAGAUUGGCGUCAAGAUUGAUCACGUGCCCGGCCCAUGCAAACGUUGCUACCACGAAGAGAAGCCAUACAAAUUCAACGAACAGAUCAAGAAAGUCGAUUGCCAAGUUUGCACCUGUAACCAUGGAACCUGGGCGUGCAAGACAGACACGUCCUGCAUCAACCACUCCAGAAAGACAACCACGCCCGCGAUUGCACCAAUCACAGUCGAGCUAGACAGCCCGUGUGACCUAUCGCCUAAUGGUCCACUACGGUGUCCCACAGAGUUCGUGUGCCGGCCCGUUCCUGGAAGUCAGGAAAUUGAAGGAAUGAUGGGAAUGUGUAUGCCCCGGGAAGGGAUCAUGGAACCUUUGUCUGAAGUCGAUCCAACCAAGUUUCCCACCACCACAGGGAGACCGUUGUGUCCCACAAUGACCUGUGCACCAUGCAAAUACGGAUAUGUGAUUGACAGAACCGGCUGCCAGACAUGUCAAUGUGCUCAAAAGCGCAUCAAGAGCGUGUGUAAGCUGCCCAAGUUCGCCGGUCCAUGCAUGGCUAGCAUCGAGCGCUUUUACUACAAUGCUAAGAUUGGCAAGUGUCAAUCAUUCGUCUUCGGAGGUUGUCUGCCAAACGGGAAUAACUUUAAGACCAGGAAGGCAUGUGAGGCCAAAUGUAUGCUGUAAGGAAGCGAUUUGACGACGAAUUCUAAGAAAACAUGGAAUGCAAAAAAGGAACUGAUGGUUAUGGCGUCCAGAGCAUAGCAGAAACAUUGCACAAAAUACCUCGAAACGCCAUAGCGAUACGAAGAAAAAGGAUUGAACAAUCAAUCAGCGAAUGCCAUACUAAUAUUACAUUCACUUUUGAUCAUUUAUCUUUUAAAAGCACGUUUAAAGGAGAUAUGAAAAAAAAUGCAUGCUUUACAGCGGCAGUUUAUAAUAAAUCAUUCAUAUACCCAGUCCCUUGUAGGCAAGUCAGGGAGAAAUAAUCACCUCUCGUUUUAUAUUUACGUUAUUAGCCAUAUUGGAAUUUAUUGAAAAAGCUUAACAAUAACAAAACCUUGAGCCAUGUCGGCUUGUGAGGAGAACAUUGAUAUGUUUGACGCAAGGCAUAAUCACUGUCUUGUCGGUUUAACACUGGAUUUGACACUUUUUGUGAGUUUUAUGAUCAUUUUAUUUUUAAUAAAAUGUAGUAAUCUCUGA